GACUGCGGACACAGUACAGGAGAUGACCAGGACUGGGACAAGUACAGGAGAUGACCAGAACUGCGGACACGGUACGGGGGUGACCCGAGACGCAGACACAGUACAGGGAUGACCAAGACUGCAGACAAGUACGGGGAUGACCAGAGACGCAGACACGUACGGGAUGACCAAGACAGCAGACACAGUACAGGGAUGACCCGAGAUGGGAACAUACAGGGUGACCAGAGACUGCAGAACAGUACAGGGAUGACCGAGAUGAGACACAGUACAGGGGGGCCAGAGACUGCGGGCACAGUACAGGGGUGACCAGAGCUGCGGGCGUACAGGGUUUUUUCAGAGACUGCGGACGUACGGGAUGACCAAGACGCGGACAGUACAGGAAUGCCAGAGAUGCGGAAAGCACAGGGAUGACAGAGACUGCGGGGCAGUACAGUGAUGUGACC